AUGCAUGUCUUUUUUGUAUUAUUUUCAUUACUUCUUCCCUUUGCUAAUUCUGUAAGCUUCAAAAUAACUCGCUUUGAUCCAGAUGUAAACAGCAUAAUUUACCGUGGGGAUGCUGUACCUUCUGCUGGUGCGGUUGAGUUAAUUUUCAGAUACACAUACACAUGCCGUGUUGGUUGGGCCACCCAUGCUGAGAGGGUCCGCAUCUGGGACUCCAAUUCUGGGCAACUUUCCAAUUUCACAACGCAUUUCUCCUUCAUCAUCGACACCGAAGGUCGUUCCGCUUACGGCCAUGGCCUUGCAUUCUUCCUUGCUCCCGUUGGAUUUGAAAUCCCACUGAAUUCUGCUGGUGGUUUUUUUGGCCUCUACAACACUUCAACAGUUGAAGAUUCUUCUCAGAACCAAAUAGUUCACGUGGAGUUUGAUUCAUUUCCAAAUCCAGAAUGGGAUCCAGAGCCUCUAGUAGAGCAUGUGGGGAUUAAUAGCAAUUCUCUUAGUUCGGCUGUCCACACUCCUUGGAAUGCUACCUUUCACAGUGGAGAUACUGCUGAUGUCUGGAUUACUUAUGAUGCUACAGCAAAAAAUUUGAGCGUUUUAUGGUCUUACCAGAAAACCUCAAAUCCUCUUCUAGAAAAUUAUAGUCUAUCUCACAUAAUUGAUCUGAUGAAGGUUUUGCCUGAGUGGGUCACCAUUGGAUUUUCAUCUGCAACAGGUUCAAACUUAGAGCGAAAUCAACUUUUAUCUUGGGAAUUCAAUUCAACUUUGGAUGUAAAGGAGACAAAUUCAAAGAGGAUCAGAAUAAUAGUUGGUAUUGCAAUUUCAGUAUGUGUUCUUACAUCUGGGGCUAUGAUAAAAAUUCUGAUUUCUUGGAGGAGGAGGAAACAGACGGUGGAAAAGAAAGAAGGGGAGAAAGUAAACUUGACAUCAAUCAAUGAAGACCUUGGAAAGAAGAGCUGGACCAAGAAGAAUUCAGCCAAGGCAUCGGCCUCAGAUGCACAUCAAACUAUCUUUGGCAGAAGCAGGCACCCGGAUGAACUUGAUGAUGAAUUUGACGCAUUUCCAACUUCCAAACCCCAUGAUAUAACUUACAAGUGUUGCAGGCAGGACACAAACAGUAAUGAGCGACAUUGCAACACAAGGAAGUAG